AUGACGUUUCAGAAUUCAAAAAUUCGAACCGGUCUAUGUUUCCUGCUGUUCUUGUUACCGUUUGUCAUCCUUGAUGACCCCCGCACCCAAGUGAUUUAUACCCCGAAAGGUUCUAUUAGGGGAGCUGAAUCCAAGACAAAGGAUGUCUUCCAAUACUCCCUUCGCUACGCCCAGCCGCCCGUUGGUCAAUUGAGAUGGCGCGACCCCCUGUCAGUCAACCGGUGGAAUGGAAUUUAUGAUGCUACGAAUCCGCCACCUCUCUGCCCCCAGCCAAACCUCGCCGACGGGCAGGCUUUCAGUGAAGACUGCUUGUUUUACACAGUCUAUAGCCCGCAAGUAGAAAGAGGGAAUAAACUCCCAAUCUUUGUCUGGCUCCAUGGUGGUUCAUUCAUCCAAGGCGGCGCAACAAAUUAUGGACUCGAUGGCUCCGCUUUGGCCGGGAAGUCCAAGAUGAUUGUGGUCGUGGUACAGUACAGGCUUGGGUUACUUGGAUUCCUAAAAGGUCCUCUGGCGAGAACCAGCCCUCCCAUCGGUGGAAACUACGCGGUAAAAGAUGUGAUUACGGCUUUGAAUUCCAUAAGGGAAAUGGCCGACGCUUUUGGUGGUGACCGCAACAGUAUCACCUUGGCCGGCCAAUCCAGUGGCGCUGAAAUGAUCAAGACACUCCUGGUCACCAGAUCCGCAUCUGAUCUGUUCCAAAGAGCUAUUCUCCAAUCCGCACCCUUGAAUUACGGCGAUCACUCGGCCAAAACCGCCGAUGCCAUAGGCGCAAUUGCAAUCCCUUUAUUCAAUUGCCAAGAUGAUUGUUAUAGAUCUUACCUAGACGUAGAUACCAUCCUUGAGGUCCAAGAUGCUUUGAUGGAUCAACUUCCGAACCGACUCCCUGAAGUCGCAGCCGCCGAGCCUUUCAGACCAUUUGUCGACAAUGCUCUCAUCAGUAACGACUUCAUGCGAGCUCUCAACUCUCCAGGGAGCAGGGAUCUAUGCCUCGGAAACCGACAGAUCAUCUUCACAACCGUCAAGGACGAAUCUGGUCCCACGAUUGAGUAUCGUGCCAAAGACUUGAACUCCAUCACUCAAAUUCCACAGUUGAUCAGCAGCGCACUAGGUUCCCUCGACGCCAACCGCAGCUCAGACAUUCAAUCAUCUCAUGUCUACAGCCACGAAUUAGGUUUCGAACUCAUUUUCAGGAACAGAAUUCAAGCCGCCAAAGAGACUCUCAUGCUAUUUGGAUCCGACUAUAUUUGGACUUGUCCAAAUCAGCAGGUAGCCGUGAAUCUGACUCGAAACUUCCCAGCUCCAAGCGGAAACGGUUCGAUUUGGCUAGCAGAAUUCGAUUUGGGAAUUCCAUACCCGUCAACCCAGAACAUUCCCUUGUGUCGAGGAAAGGUUUGUCACGAAGAUGACAUCUUGGCUGUCUUUGGAACUCCAAAAGAUUACCCCAGGUUCCUCUCUUAUUCCCAGAAAAAAUUGAUAACUGAAGUCGGUAAACGCUGGGCGGCUUUCGCCGCUUCCGGGUCACCCAACCUUGACGGCUACGCUUCUUGGUCCCCCGUGGCAAACGGCGACGAACUCAACCUUUUGAGAUUUGGCAAGGUUAUGGGAAAGAUCGCCCAAGAUCAAAGACCGUGGGCGUGUAGUCAAAGUGAUGGCUUUUGGGGAACGAAAGUCCGCUUCGAUUCCCAAAUCACCGGUAACUCUGGAUGA